AAGAGCAGCUCCACCACAUCCUGCUCUGUCACUCAUUGCUUGAGCUGUUGGCUUUCAGAACGAGACAGAGAGAAAUUUCGUUCACUUCUCACCAGUUAACAGCCCGUCAAGACCCUGCUGGAGCUCUGCACAGUGCCCACUGACAUCUUCACUCACGCUCUAUACCAGCCACAACCAUAGAAAUGGACAAGAACAAUUUCAAGAAGCGAGUCUUACCGCAUUAUUUAGACACAUUAACAUCAGUCGUGACUCUCGCUGAUAUUGUCAUUCGUGCUUGUGACAAAACUCUCAGUGACACAGAGGAGAGAAGAUUCAGAUCUGAGGUGGAAUUGGCUCACACAGAAAUUCAGAACUCAGUGCGAAAAUGCAAAGAGAUCAGAGAUGGUGUGGAUCACAAGAUCGAAGAUAUGGCAUCAGAGAAUCCGGAGACUGAAAUAGUAAGCUUGAGAAAGCACUUGGAGGAUGUGAACAAGCAAUUAAUAGCAGUGAAAAAUGAGAAAGACAAGACCAGAGAUGAACUUCAUCAUUCCCAAACUCAAUUAUUGCACACGACAGAAACUCAGGACAGAGCUAAUGCGAAGAAAGCAGAGAAAGAAACUGUUCGUAACAUAGGCUAUGGUCUGCUCAUCAUCCCCUUCAUUGGAAUCCCAAUGGUUCUCAGCACUUCCAAGGAAAUCAAGCGUUGGGAGGACAUCAUCAAAAUUACAACAGAAACCAAGGGAGAUUUGGAGAAGGAACGUGAUGAGGAGAAGUGCAAACUAGAAAAGUGUUACGAAAAGAUAAAGGAUCUGAAAGAAAAGCGAGUGGAAUAUGAGAGUCAGUGGGAGAAGGAGACAGUAGAAUUGAAGAGAAAGAAAGAAGAGCUCUUCGAUGCACAGAGAAAGGUGAAGGAUAUUCUGUAUUACCUCAAUAAGCUCCAGGGUGCACUGGAGCAGUUACAAGAACAGAGCACUGAGGAGGCCUUCUAUGGGAUAGAAGGGAUCAAAGACCUUCUCCAGGCACUCUUCAACACCAUCCAAAAGGAGAGUUUCGAUAAGGAAUUGCUGUGUGAUUCCCGAAUUGACAGAAAGCUCCAUGAACUAGAGGAGAAAAUCCCAGAGUUUAACAGGAUUUAUGCGCAAUAGAGAAAUACAGAAAGGGGAAUGGGAAUAUGGCAGGGACAGACUCACCGUUUAGGGCUUCCUGUUUCUGGAAGAAUUUCCGCACUAAAAACAGAAAAUGUGAGAGAAAUUCAGCAGGUUUAGCAGUGUGUGUGGCGGGCGGGGGGAAGACAGUGUUAAUGUUUCUUCUUAAAACAUUAACUCUGUUUCUUUCUCCAUUUCUGCUGCUCGACUUGCUGAGUUUCUCCAGCACUUUGUGUUUUUAUUGUAGAUCUUCAGCAUCUGCGGUAUUCAGUUUUUGUUUCAUGUAACUCCCCCUGCCCAGUGUAAAUCCUGGAUUCCUUCUGCUUCCUAACACAAUCCCUGCUUGGUCUGAUUCUCUGUGUUUGCUGUUCACACCUUGCAAUAGAGUCAAAUACGUUUCACUGAGUACGGCCCCUCAGUCCCAGCUGCGACUGAAUCAUCAGCUGGAGUGGGCAAGAGUAACUAUUCAAACUUUAAAUACAAGAAAUAAAAUUAUUCAAAUUGUUUUAGAUUUC